CAAUAUCACGCCUUUAUUCAAUUCCAAUAAGCGGUGCACCUCUCUCUCUCUAGAUCGAUCUCUCUUGCUGGUUUGCUCUAUAAAUUCUUCAGCCAUCUCUCUUCCUCUCUCACGGUCAUGGGGAACUACAUCUCCCAUCAGUCAGCAAAGGGAACCGGCAAAGUCAUACUUCCGGACGGUUCAGUCCAUGAAUUUGACCAGCCCUUAGCUGUUGCGGAGCUCAUGUUAGAGCAUCCCCAACAGAUUGUGGUUGAAUUCCAUUCACUCGCUGCCGGAAACAAGCCUGCUCCGUUGCCUGCUGAUACCAUGCUAGAGAUGGAAAAGGUCUACUUAAUGCUUCCAAUGAAGAGGGGGAAGGUGGCAGCAGCAUUGUCGUCUGAUGAAGCCCGCAGGAUUGUUACGAGGGCCAAGUCGGUUCUGAGCUCAGGAUCUCUUUUAUCGUCGUCAAGGUUUCUUCCUCUGUUCGCCAGGAUAUGUCCAGCAGGCAUCGGGACAGGAGAAGAGGCAGAGCUGCUCUUGCAUAAGAAAAAUAAAGAAACUUUGGUGGAGAAACCAGAGUUAGAGUUUCUGGCAGAGAUGGUCGAUAUAAGGUCAGAGUUCUUGUGUUUGAGCAAGCAAGCAUCCGGGAAAGGGUGGAAGCCCACCUUAGAUACCAUUGAGGAGAAGGGUGGUGAGAGAAAGGUUCCUCAUUGGUUGUUUUAAUUUAGACACCCAUGGAAGGUGGAAUACAUAUGUUGGAGCCUGGAGGCUUCCAAAUCUGCCUUGAAUAGGAGUAGGACUUAGGACUGCAACUUCCAGGUGUGUUUAUAUGCAUGUAAAGAAUGGUUAUAGUCUUAUAGAAGCAAUGCUUGUACAAAUAAUGAUAAAAGUAAAACAA